UCGUCUUCUAAGAUUGGCAGAACUACAACUCCCGUCGAUCCCUAGGAUAACAAAUGCAAUGUACACAAAAUAGUUCCCACCAUUUGGGUCACUCGGUAAAUCCUGUAGCAAAAAAAAAAAACAAAAAAAAAACAUCUCUUAUAAUACAUCAGUAUUUAUGAUAUUUCACCUCUGUAUCCGGAAACCUGAGUUCAGUGGAUUUCAAUAGUAUGAUGCGCGCAAAGAUACGAAUCUAAAGAAAUUGCACGACAGUGGGCGCUUUACGUUUUCCCUGGUUGCUAAGAGGCAGAAGGACCUUCCUUGUGCUAGUGGUAUUGAAGUAAGACUCCUGUCCGUAUUCUCUAUUGUACGCUUUCUCCAUCAUAAAGAUGGAUGGUCCUGGAUUGGCAGUUUCAGCUUCAUGUGGGGACAUUGAAGACUCAAAAGAGAACUUGGAUACACCCUUCUCCAGGACCCCUGUCUCCGAUUGUUCACAGACUCAUGGGGGCACACAGCCACCUACUCCCCAGCAGGAGGACAGAGAGGAACAUACACCACACCAAGAACAGCAGUUGGGAGACAGUGGGGAGCAGAGACAGGAAGGAGAGCAACCAAGACGACGUGGAGGAUGGACCAAAGGGCGCAAGAGGAAAAGAAGCCCCCGGGACGAUAAUGCUCCAAAAGCUCCCCUCACAGGUUAUGUACGUUUCAUGAAUGAGAGACGGGAAACACUGAGAGUGGAGCGUCCAGAUAUUCCAUUCUCAGAAAUGACCAGGAUUGUUGGCAGUGAGUGGAGCAAACUUCCUGCACAGGAAAAGCAGCAUUAUCUUGAUGAAGCAGAGAAGGAUAAGGAAAGAUAUACCAAGGAACUACAGCAAUACCAAAAAACUGACACAUUCCGUUCCUACAGUCGCAAGUCACAGAACCGUCAGAAAGGGAGGCAAAGACAGGAUGGAUCUCGGGUGACCCCAAGUUGUCCAGAGAAAGAAUCCGUCCUUAAGGAAAGGCCCGUUUUUGAUAUCCCGAUUUUUACUGAGGAGUUCUUGAAUCACAGCAAGGCACGAGAAGCUGAACUAAGGCAGCUGCGAAAAUCCAACAUGGAGUUUGAGGAACGUAAUGCAGCACUGCAGAAGCAUGUGGAAAGCAUGCGCUCUGCAGUACAGAGGCUGGAAGCUGAGCUCAGUCAGGAACAAGGGAGAAAUACUCUGCUGCUGCAGCACUUACAGACUGUACGACAGACUCUGACUCACUGUCUACGGACUGUGCCCAUUCCAGGUACUACAGACACACCCACACUUGAAACCAUUGACUCUUACAUGAGCCGCCUGCAGAAUGCUGUUGUCACACACCCUAAAGAGAGCGAGGUUCUUAUAAAUGGGGUCCGAGAUGUUCUGAGCCAGCUGGAGGGCUAAAGACAAAUCAAAUUCCUACAAAAAAAAAGGGGCAACAAGGGAUUGCAGUGUAUUGAAUGUUUUAUGAGAUGGAAGGAAUUUUUCAUUACUGUGUUCUUUUUGCAUUUUACAGUCAUCGCUGCAUGUAUGAUUUGGUAAUAAAUGUGUUCUAUUGACUGUAUCUUUGUGCUACCACUACCAGUGCACACAACUCCUUUUGAUAUAAAAGCAAAUUGUUACCAGAA